AGUUUCUUGGGCUUUACCCGAAGAAAAAAAGUUUUCACUGUAUUUUUCUCUCUACCAACUCCUGGAUUCAUGAACCCAAAGAGAAAAAAGAUGUCGCUUCAGAUUCUAGGAGCCGUUUCCAAGCAGAGCAUUAUUUUUAAUGGAAGCAAGCGGUGCGUGUGGACAACCAGCAGCAGCAGCAGCAGCAGCAUAAAAAGCUCGGCACUUCGGGCAUCAGCACCCUCAGCAACCCAAAGCCAAGGCUUUUCCCAUCCCCAACAACAACAAAGGAGAGGAGUGACCACCACUCACCACCACCGCCACCCACCCAUCGGCUCCCUCCCCGCCUAUUUCAAAGCGCAAAAGCCCACCACUUUCUUUUGUGCUUCUUUUAAAUCUUUUCCCUUAAGAUUUAAUUUUCCCACACCAAUUUCUUUUUUCCACAGCAGCAGCCUUGGUCAGUUAGCCAGCAAGAAAAAGAUGCCACCCAAGAAGCAAGUCACCGAGGACAAGGUCCAGCUCGGGCGUCCCGGCAACAAUCUCAAGAUUGGUGUCGUUGGGCUUCCCAACGUAGGCAAAUCGACAUUCUUCAAUGCAAUCACCAAUUCGGCGGUUCCCGCGGAAAACUACCCCUUCUGCACAAUCGACCCGACGGAGGCCCGCGUCGGUGUUCCUGACGAGCGCCUGGACUGGCUGCAUGAUCUUUAUGCGCCGACGAAGCGCAUCGAGGCGUUCCUGACAAUCACGGAUAUUGCCGGUUUGGUGAAGGGUGCGUCGGCCGGCGCUGGGCUGGGAAACGCGUUCUUGUCCAACAUUAGCGCCGUCGAUGGGAUCUUCCAUGUGGUGCGGGCGUUUACCGACGCGGACGUUGUGCACGUGGAGGGCGAGGUUGAUCCGGCGCGCGAUAUGGAGAUCAUCCACACGGAGUUGCGGCUCAAGGACGUUGCGAUGCUGAACAAGUUCAUCGAGCUCAACCAGCGCGUCAUUGACCGCAUGGGCGGCAACGGGUCCGUCGAGGACAAGAAGAAGAAGGACGAGUUCAACACCGUUCUGAAGGUGCGCGAUUGGGUUGCGUCCGGAAAGGACGUGCGCAAGGGCGUGUGGACCAAUAAGGAGGUCGACACGAUCAACUCGCAGUUCCUGCUGACCGCCAAGCCCGUCACCUAUCUGGCCAACGUUAGCGAGAAGGACUACGUGCGCAAGAAGAACAAGUUUUUGCCGCUGAUCAAGAAGUGGAUCGACGAGAACAACCCCGGAGACAAGCUGAUUCCGUUCUCGGCCGCAUUCGAGUCCAACGUUGCGGCCAUCGAGGAUGCCCAGGAGCGUGCGGCGUUCAUCAAGGAGAGCGGUAUCAUCGUUACGGGCUAUGACCAGCUGAACCUGAUGCACUUCUUCACUGUCGGCACUGGCUGCGAGGUGCGCGCGUGGACGUGCAGGAAGGGCGCGAAGAUGCCCGAGGCCGCGAGGAGCAUCCAUAAUGACAUCGCUGAUUCGCUGAUCCAGGUCGACGUUAUGCGCGAGGCUGAGCUGAAGGCCACCGGCAAGCUGCACAUCCGCGGAAAGGACGCGACUAUCGAUGACGGAGACAUCGUGUACUUCCGCUCGGGCAUGGGCAAGGCCAAGAAGUAAACCAAAUGGGCUUUUGUUUGUUUUUAAAUUAGGCUUUUUCCCUGUGAAUGGAAUUGACGAGGGGGCGAGCCUUAAAAAGGGUGCUGUUUCGGAUUGAUCGAGUGCGCAGGGCUUUGUUUACUUUUUAUUUCCCUUAUAUAUUUAUAUUUAUAUUUAU